AUCGCGGAUGACAACAACAAGAAAAUUCAAAUUGGAAAUUGGUAAAGGGAGUUUUUCACGUUUUUCGCAGUAAAUCUGGCAGCAAGUUGAUUAAAAAUAUCGGAAAAACGUGCUUUGAGAGAAAAUGUCGAAUUUACCUCCGUUGCCUGUGCUGUGCGACACCCCGCCGCCAAUCGAUGACUUCAGCAACAUUCCCGACGACGAUUACGUGGACUACGACGGGAUCGCAGACGAUUAUGAUGUCGAUGUGAUGCCAAGUCCAAAGAAAUUCGAAGUACCAACAAAAAAUGACGAUGACACACCCUUGCCGUAUUUGGGAAAUCGCUCGCCGCCCGAUGGCACGGACCAAAUGACACUCGAGUUCGCGGGCGACGACAUGCAAAAGCUCGAUUUGGAUAGUCCGCCGUCGCUAAACUUGUCGAGCGACUUGAAAAUUACGUCAGCAUCGUGCGAAAAUGAUUUCACGGUGAAAUCGCAAGCGACGGACUGUGUCCUUGAAAGUGUUGACGCUUCACAGACGACGUCACCGCAAGAUUUUGCCGUGAUGCAUGACGGCAGUAACAUUGACCGACACAUUGAGGGCGGCGAAAAUGGCGAAAUCUGUCAAUUACCGGAAAAAACUCAGGAAGAUGCUGCUCAAAAACGCGAUUCGCAAGUUUUUGACGACUUUACGGACUUUCAAAGUGUGCCUCCUGACAAGGAUGAGCUGCAAAUCGAUCAUUGGGGCGAAUCUGCUGCUGUUACAACGAACGAUGAUCCUACUUUCGACGUGGAUUUUAGUAAUUUUCAAGAUUUUUCAGUGCCCCCGACGACAAUUCACAUCGAGGACCCCCCAAAAAUGGAUGACGACGACGAUUUUGACAAUUUUCAGAACUUUAGUACGGCUGAAUGUGUUCCAGCAGCAAAAACUGUGAUAACUCCUCCCGCGGAAAUUGACGACGACGACGAUUUCGGGGAUUUUAGUGACUUUCAGACGAACACUGCUCCGGUAACGAUGCCACAACAUCCAAUCGAAACGCCUCCCGUCGUGGCAGAAAGCACGUUACCAUCCCUGACACUCGAGACAUUCACAAAAACCAUCGAUUUAAUGUUCCCGGCGUCUAGUCAAUCCAUGGAAAUCGACCAAAAUGCACGUUUCGCGGCGAUUUCCUUCGAGAAAAAUUCAAUUACGAGCAAUUUGAAAGACAUUGAGAUGUCACGUGCACUCAGCUACAAAUACGCAAAUUCAGUUACGAGUCGAACGUUGAUGGAAUCCAUUGGAAUCGAUGCGAAAAAUGUGCUUUUUGGCAUGAAAUGGAAUCCCGGUAUGCCGCGAUUUGCUGCGAAUUUGAGUUUUGAUCCGAUUCAGCCGCAACCGUUGCUGCAACCCACAAGUGCUUCCACAAAUACCAAGCCGUGUGAUGCUAAGGCGUCGGAUGCGGUACCUGUAGCGCAGUUUGAUUGGUCAACGGCAGGCUUGGUGAACCCAUUAGACGUGUCUCACACCUUGUUAUUGGAUGAACUUGAGGCAACUGUGAUGGCUCCUACUAAAUUCAAAAAUUCAAAUUCCCCUUCUUCUUCUUACUUUGCCGCAUCGCCAUCGUCAUCAUCGAUCUCCUCAUCUUCGAUUUCAUCACAUCACAACUACCAACAACAUCACACGAAAUCAAUCAAUAAAAACUUUUAUCAUUCUUACAAUUCGCACCACCGCACCUUCGUUGGGCAACAUUUGGAAACGAUUGCUCGGUAUUGGGAAGAUAGUUCGUCUCAAAUCCCUGCAAACGCAUCAGCAGCAGCAAAACCCCUCGAGUCGCCUCUCGUCGAUGAGGAAAAAGUUUCUGCGGUAAUUCCCUCCACGGCACCCUCAAGUAUCAUGGAUGAAAUUUCAACCACAGGCACGACGCAUUAUUCCGACAGCAAUUACUCCUUCAAAUCGUCGUCCGAAGCAUCGUCGCAGCAACCAACCCCCUUGUCCCCGACAUAUGGCAUGAGUGUGCGUACCAUCACGCUACCGGAAACGCACAUUUUCACCCCGGAAAAAUGUACAAACGCCAUUUCGCAGUCCGUAGAUCGCGAAUCUGCGACACAAACGGUGAAGGAAUAUCACGACGUCGAAUAUAAACUCGACAAAAGCAUCACGAGCGAUUGUAUCAGCAGCAUCAGUGGCAUUGGCAGCAGUAUUAUCAGCGAUUCCGUCCAUUUAAGUCAUUUCAGUGUGAGUCAACCGACAUUAACGCCUUCCGCUGUGACAUCUCCGACACUUGAACCCGAGCUAAUUGAGGACUUUUCGACUAAAAUAUCGCUGAAACCGGAAAAAAAUUCACGAAACUUUCCGAUUUUUGGUACGUCACCCACAGAUAUGGGCGAAAAAGACACGAAAAAUGAGGAAGAUGAUGAUUUUAGUGAUUUCCAAGCAGCUCCCGUGACUCAUACUGUGAUUCCGGAACCGAUUAAACCAAAGCCUGUCACGUCAAUGUUGAAUCCGCUGCCUUUGUCGCCAGUUCACUUGAUGAAAACCGCAAAUAACAUCACGUUACCUGAACCGGAUGACGAUGAAAUGCUCAGAAUUGAGGCUUUUGCACGGAGUAAAGGACAAACGACGACAUCCACGACCCCAGCAACGACAAACAACAAUGACGACGACGAAUGGUCUGACUUUACGAGUGCUCAAAUGCCACAAAAACCACCACCUCCGACGACGACGACAAGCAAUCAUGACGACGACUGGUCCGAUUUCGUAUUCACGACGCCAGCAUCCUCGGGUGCCUCCAUGAUGAGUCCCAUUAUUGCGAACCAUCAUCGUGCCACGCAAAAGCAAAAUUGGAACAAUCAGGGCAACUACAUGCCAUGGAGCACGAGUACGGGCGGCACUGCCAUUAGUCACAUCAGCCAGGGACAAACGUUGCCCGAAAUGAACUUUAUUCAGUCGCAAAAGUCCGCCUUUGUGAAUGGCCCGAACCGCAUGAUGCGGAAAUGAUUGUUAAGGCAUGCGGCGCAAGUGACGACAGCGAGUAAUGUUCGCAUGUAAAACGCGUCGCUUGAUGUCAAAAAGUACUUAAAAUUACGCUUUUUUACUCCCGGAUUUCGUUUUGCACCGUUUUUUCAUGAUGAGAAAGAAUUAUUGAGAUUGUUACAAUCAAUUUUUUGUUAGAAUUAUUUUUUAAAAAAGUUUUACUUAGGAACAUAUGUUAAAAAGUUAAUCCCUCUGUUUUGUAGUGAAAACAGAAAAAAAGAAGCUUAUUGUUAAAAAAAAUCACCUUUAAAUUGUAAAUACAAUGAUGUUGAACGACUGCUUAAUACUGAAAAAAAUAAAAAAAAAGUAGAUAAUUAAAUUAUGAGGCAAUUUAUGAUACAUUCCAAUUAUUAUUUUACGGAUUA